AUGCCGCCAAAGGGAAGGGCAGCCGGCGUGCGGCCAAGGGCAGCAGGGGCUGCCGAAAAUGCAAAGAAGAAGAAACCGGUCGUCGCCGUGCCAGAUGUCCCUCCCCCGCCGAUACCGGACGGCCGGGAUUUAUGGAUUGCGACCGACGCCCUUCAAAAGACAAAGGCGAUGCGCAACUACUUUCAGUUGGAGCGGGAUAGGAUUAUUUCUUUUUGGGAGGUGAGCAAGAAGGAGCUGGAGGAGCUCAAGACGGAGCUGCGGCAGCGCGAGGACGAAAAGGCCGAAGCCGAGGAGCGGCAAGACGUAGAAACAAAAGUGUUCAAGCAAAAAAUAAGACACAUGAUGUACGAGCAUCAGCUUCAACUUUCCGAGAUGACCAGCGAGGCGGAGCGGACGUUGGCGAUACGGGAGGAGGAGUAUCGUCAGAAGGAAAGAAACGCUGGGAGGGAGAUGCGGGAUGCCAAGUUGAUGCUGCAGGCGCAGGAAAAUGAGCAUCGUGAUAUGGCCUCGGCCCUUACACUCUCCCACGAUAAGGAGAUUGCAGACCAGAGGCUUGACUUUGAGCGCAAAAACAAGGAGAUGCAUCUCAUGUACGAAAGGAAAAUGAGGGAUUUAAGGGAAAAUAUGGAUCAACAGCGUCACGAGGAGAUUGACCUAAUAGAAAGGCGUAAGAGUGACCACAUUGCCGAACUUCGCGAGAUGCACGAGCGUACCUUUAGGGAAAUGAAGGAGUAUUACAGUGAGAUUACGUCAAACAACCUAGAAACCAUUCGCACCCUCAAGGAUGAGGUGUAUGCCAGGAAGCGCACGGAGGCGCACAACGAGCGGGCGAUGAUGGAUGUAGCACAGCGGAACAAAAAACUUACGGAACCGUUGGCGAAGCUGCAGCGACAGAAGCGGGAGUUGGAGCAGGACCUUAUCAACUACGCCAGCGACAGGGAUAAGCUUCGGGAAAUGAAGACGGAAGUGCGAGAACGCGAGCAGGAGCUGCGCACACUUUCAUGGGAGCAUGAGGUCCUUUCGCAGCGCUUCGUUAAGCUAGAAGAAGAUCGAGAUAUCAUUCUUAACAAGUAUAACAAUAUGUUACAGGAAAUUCAGCAAAAGGCGAUCUUUCGGCGGGUGCUUAUUCAAAAUAAAUUAGAACUUGUGGAGUCACAGCUGGAGGGACGCGAUGCUCGUCUCGCAGAGUUACUUAAAAGAGCUAACAUAGACCCUGAAGGCAUAAGCGAAAUCGAACAUAGAGUACAUGACCUCUCCUUGGAGAAGGACACUAUGAUUAGCGACCUCCAGCACCUCAUUGCACAGUUGGCUGCGCGGAAGCAGGUGAUGCUGUCCACGUAUGAGGCGUACUUGAGGGGAAACGGCAUGUCUGGCGUGGGUGGGUAG